CCGACCUCAUUCCAACCUGUUUGCUGCCUCCCAACCUCCUUCCAACCUCCUUUCCUGCUUCUCGACCUCCUUCCAGCCUCCUUGUAGCCCCUUUGCCGGCUCCUGACUUCAUUCAAACCUUCUUCCAACCUCAUUCCAACCUCUUCGCAGCCUCUUUGCUGCCUCCGAACCUCAUUCCACCCUUCUUGUUGCCCCUUCGCCCGUCUUACAACCUUCUUUCCCAUCUCCCAACCUCCUCUUUGCCCACCUCCCAAGCUCUUUGCCCGCUCCCAGCCCAUUCCCAGCCCAUUCCCAGCCUCUCUCCAUGUCGGUCUCCAUCCCCAGGAAGCCGCUGCGGAGCAGCUCGGCCGCCCCGGGCCGCUCCUUCAGCUCCCGCUCCUGCUCGGGGCUGGCGCUGCUCGCCGGGGCCGCGCCGGGCCGGGCCCUGCCGGGGGGGGCGCCGGGCGCCGGGGGGGGCAUCGGCUCGGUCACGGUGAACCGGAGCCUCCUGCGGCCGCUGGAGCUGGAGCUGGAUCCCGGCCUCCAGCGGGUGCGGCGCCAGGAGCAGGAGCAGAUCAAGGACCUCAACAACAAGUUCGCCUCCUUCAUCGACAAGGUGCGGUUCCUGGAGCAGCAGAACAAGCUGCUGGAGACCAAGUGGGCGCUGCUGCAGGGGCAGGCGCAGGGGCCGCGCGGGCCCGGCCCCACCGCGCUGCUGCAGCGCUACAGCGGGAGCCUGCGCCGGCAGCUGGAGGCGCUGGGGCAGGAGCGGCAGCGCCUGGAGGCGGAGCUGGGCAGCGCGCAGGGGCUGCUCCGCGACUGCAAGAGCCGGUAUGAAGAAGAGAUCAACCAGCGCACUGAGAAGGAAAAUGAGUUUGUCCUGCUCAAGAAGGACGUGGACGAAGCCUACAUGAGCAAGGUGGAGCUGGAGGCGCGGCUGGAGAGCUUGACCGACGAGAUCAACUUCCUGAGGCAGCUCUAUGAGGAGGAGCUGCGGGAGCUGCAGGGCCAGGUCUCGGACACGUCCGUGGUGGUGUCCAUGGACAACAGCCGCAGCCUGGACCUGGACGGGAUCAUCGCGGAGGUGAAGGCGCAGUACGAGGACAUCGCCACGCGCAGCCGCGCCGAGGCCGAGGCCAUGUACCAGGUCAAGUACGAGGAGCUGCGGACGGCGGCCGGGCAGCGCGGGGCCGACCUGCGCAGCACCCGCGGCCACAUCCACGAGCUCAACCGGCUCAUCCAGCGCAGCCAGGCCGAGAUCGAGGCGCUGCGGAGCCAGCGAUCCAGCCUGGACUCGGCCAUCGCGGAGGCCGAGGAGCGUGGGGAGCUGGCGCUGAAGGACGCGCGCGGGAAGCUGGAGGAGCUGGAGGCAGCUCUGCAGAAGGCCAAGCAGGACAUGGCCCGGCAGCUCCGCGAGUACCAGGAGCUCAUGAACGUCAAGCUGGCCCUGGACAUCGAGAUCGCGACCUACAGGAAGCUGCUGGAGGGAGAGGAGAGCAGGCUGGAGGUGGGUGUGCAGAACCUCAGCAUCCACACCAAGCCCUUGGGCUACUCAGGCGGCCUCGGGGGGGGUUUCGGGGGCUCCCCGGGGGGGGGCCCGGGCGCUUCCCUGGCGCUGCCCCCCCCCGCCCCCGCGGCGCCGGCGCCCCCCCCCCGCGCCCGCGCCAUCGUCAUCAAGAAGAUCGAGACCCGCGACGGGAAGUUGGUGUCUGAGAGCUCCGACGUGCUCAGCGGAUGAGCCCCCAUGGACCCCCCAUGGGCACCCCAUGGACCCCCCAUGGACCCCCAUGGACCCCCCAUGGACCCCCCCAUGGACCCCCCGAUGGGCACCCCAUGGACCCCCCAUGGACACCCCCAUGGAUCCCCCCAUGGACCCCCAUGGACCCCUUCAUGGACCCCCCAUCGACCCCCCCAUGGGCACCCCUAUGGAUCCCCCCAUGGACCCCCAUGGACCCCCGCAUUGACCCCCAUGGGCCCCCCCCGCCUCUGUCCGUCCUGCCCCCCCCGCCCCAGUGUCCCCAUGGGAGCUGUGGGGUGGGAACUGCGGGCCCUGGGUGCUGGAAUAAAGCCUUGGAGAUAAAGAGGGA